CGUAUAUCGAAAAUUUUUCUUUGCUUAUUCCACACACUUGCAAACAGCAACUUGACACUAGUUACAAGAAUCAUUUGAGAAAAGUCAAGAAAAGCAACUAAUAAAGAAGUAAAAAUAUGGUUUCUUUUUGCUGUGAAGUUUGUCAAGAUAUUGUGAAGAAGCCAAAACUCGAUCAACAUCGUUCUCGUUGCCAUGGAGCAUACUUCACGUGCAUCGACUGCAAUACGACUUUUGACGGGACUGAUUAUCGUUCUCACUCUUCUUGUAUGACAGAGGCACAGCGAUAUCAGAAGGGCCUUUACCGUCCAACGAAAAAAGAACUGAAAAAAACAAAUCAGCAAAGUAAAAGUAUAAACGGUAAUGCUCCUGCUGACAAGAAUGGCACCGAAAUAAAAGAAACACCAGAGUCCAAGGAGCAAGUUUCCUCUCCUUCAAAGAAGCGGUCGUCUUCCUCUGAUGAUUCUUCGGAAGAGAAAGGUAAGAAGAAAAAGAAACCAUCUUCCGGCGAUAAGAAUGCCUCUCCCAUCGAGCAAAUGCUCUCGCUGUGCGAAAAGGAUGGAAAGGAGUCUCUAUACAAGCUUGUAAAGAAGCAUAACAAAAAUGCUUCUAAGGAGAAGACAUUGGAAUUAAAGGAUAUUAUGAAACAACUCACAGUAUCCAAAGAUGCGAACGGCGUUUACUUGCUUAAUGCUGUAUCUACAGAAUAAGAAAGUUACAAAAAAAAGUGCAAGCAAUGAGAACGGGUGCUUGUUCAAGGUAAUUAAAUUAGGAACUUACAAAAAUUGGGAUUAGAGGAAUGGAUUACAAUAGAAAAAGGAUUUCAGGCUGGAGGCAUACCACCCCAAAAGGGAGAAGCUACUCAAUUUUGCCCGUAAAGUAUCAUUUAUUG